AUGAUAUACAGCCUACCUUCGUCAGUCGAGGUACAUACAGUUCAGUUGCAACCUAGCCUAUCCAAGCCGAUCACACCAGCCAAACGGCUGCAUGAAACUGGGAUGAUUAGCUUCGAUGACGCCGACCUAGAUGGAGUAACUCUCCCUCACGUUGAUCCCCUCGUCGUGGAGCUACGCAUGAACAAAUUUACAGUUGAGCGUGUUCUCAUCGAUCAGGGAAGAACUUCGGAAAUAAUGUAUUACAAGACGUUUGUUAAACUUGGCUUCUUUGAUUUGGAUUUGUUUCCGGACGAUUACCCAUUGUUCGACUUCAACGCCAACCCUGAGUAUCCCUUGGGUAAGAUCACACUACCAGUAUGGGCGGGUACCAGAUCAAUAAAUGUGGAAUUUCUGGUCGUCAAACUCACGUCACUAUAUAAUCUCAUCAUGGGAAGGACUUGGUUGCACACCAUGUAG